AUGGCAAACACUGCGCUUGCCAGCAACUUUCGUUCAGAGCGCGAUAAGCGUAAGAAUGCCCGUCGACGAGAUCGAGGUGGCAUCUUUCAACCUCUCGAGAAGAAUGCAAUGCUCGACAUGCUCAUGGCGAGACGGAAGUCAGGGCGAUUGAGUCUUUCGGCAUUUCCGAUCGAGGAUGAUGAAGAGGAUACGGCGCCCUCUACAUCACCAAGCGUUUGCGAUGAUGAGUUUGAGAAGGAGAUGCGCUGUGGAGUGCUGGACAACCCGAUGGAUAGCCCUUGGGGAAAACGUCGGGGCACAAACAGGACUAAUGAUGAACUAGAAGCGCAAUGUUCUUCUCCCUCUUCAAUCAAGUCUACUCGUGCGCAGGCUGUGCGGCCUGCAAGCACGGGCAAGAUCCCGACCAAAGAUACCACACGACCACCCCAGCGGCAGUCAACUUCUGAACCGGAAGGAGAGAGCGCACCGAGCGAAGUCACUAUCAUGGCGCAGGAUGUGAGGCCUGCAAGCACGGUCAAGAUGUCGACCAAAGAUACCACACGACCACCCCAGCGGCAGUCAACUUCUGAACCGGAAGGAGAGAGCGCAUCAAACGAAGUCACUAUCAUGAAGUCGAUUGAUGAGAAGAUUAAUAGAAGAAGAUCUGUCGCACGUCCUGCUUCUUCUCCAGCAUCUAUCAGUCCUCCCACAUUACCCAAGGCUCCUGAAUCACCGCAAAUGAACAAGUCCGAUACAAUUUCCGAGCCCUCUGCAGAGUAUUACGAUGACGGAUGGGACGUCGCUCCCGAAACGUCCAACCAUAAAAGUUCUUGGGUAGACGAGUCGAUCCCACACAGGACGUUUACCUCUGUCCCAAAGAAAGCUCCCAAAUCAGCUGACUGGUCUCGAAAACCUGGGAGAAAUGGGCUAGCCUCGAAAGCUGAGCCCACCAAGAUCCGACCUCCACGUAAAUCCCUUCAAAGUCCGAAGGGGAGACAAACAAAGAAACCGACUGUCAUCGCUGUCGAAUCCGAUGAUGAAGAGGAAGUUACAGACACGGUCGACAAUUUCAUAGAAAGCUUUACGGAACUACACAUCGAAACAGAAUCUGAAAAUGAAGAUUCUAACGACUCUUACGUGGCGCCCGAAGAGUCAGAAGAAUCCAGCUCGUCUGACUCCUUAGAUAACAGGUCGAUCGGGGAUGACGAUGACAGCGAUGACCGAUUAUUUUGCUCCCCGCCCGUGCCCUCUCCGCCCGGCACAAGAACGCAUAAGAGGAACACAAUCCCAAUAGUGGUGAUUUACCCUGUUCAACCCCCCAUCAGGCGCAGACGACAAUACAACAAGAACACCCGUACGAGGAGGACCACCAAGGUAGCAUCAAUUUGA